AUGGCCGCGGAGUCACCAGAAUUUACAAAAAUUUUGGCAGAAUGGCUGCCGAUGACAGGGAAUUGGAGUGUUUGCUGGCGGGCGACAAGAGACGGGAGUUCAAAAGUCCCGACAUUGACAGUUGUAAAAGUUGUAAAAAAUGGCAAGAGUCUUAUCUUUGGAGGAUUCGCGACAACUACAUGGGCAGGUUACGAAGGCUCACGGGCUGCUCCAGGCUCCUUUUUAUUUUCAUUUCACAAUAACGAUGACCUCGCGCCUUUCAAGUCGUUUCUGAAAAAUCCGAAUACGGCAACAGCGAUUGAAUCAAACAAGGACUCCGGGCCUAAAUUUGGGAUUGGACCUGAUCUUAGCAUUUUUGACAAAACUAUUACUCAAAAAACAUACGGCAGUUACGCAAAUCUAGGUAUUUCGUAUCAAGCUCCGCCUGGAUAUAGCUUUGGUGAAAGGAAAACACAAUCCCUCCUUGCUGGCAGUCUAGCUUUUACUCCAGCAGAGGUGGAAGUGUUAUAUUUAAACUGA